AUGGCAGUUCGAUCACGGAUUACUCUCGCAGCUCGCAGAGCUCGAGUAUCAUCGGUAUCGUCAUCAUGCUCAAAGAUAAGACCAUUACGACCACUGGUCCAAACUAGACGCCAAAGUACUGCGACUACCGAAGGCAGUGAAGGAGUAGCCAAAGGAACGACUGGUACAUCUAAGACCAUAAAGUUUACAUCCGAAACAUAUCCCGAUAUAAAACGAGACUCGAGAUUCGCACAAAUAUCUGAGGAGAAUGUGAAGUUUUUCAAGGAUUUACUGAAGAAGGAAUCUGCGGUUAUUGAUGGAGUCACAAAGGAUGCUACAGAUGAUAUUGAACCUUUCAAUGGGGAUUGGAUGCGCAAAUAUAGGGGUCAUACAAGUUUAGUUUUGAAGCCUGGAUCUACGGAGGAAGUGAGCGAGAUUUUAAAAUACUGCAAUGAUAAUAUGUUGGCAGUUGUGCCACAAGGUGGGAACACUGGGCUCGUAGGAGGAUCAGUUCCUGUGUUUGAUGAGAUCGUGAUCAAUAUGAGCCGAAUGAAUCAAAUUCGGUCAUUUGAUGAGGUCUCGGGUACUCUCGUUGUAGAUGCCGGUGUUGUUCUGGAAGUCGCCGACAAUUAUUUGGCAGAGCGCAAACAUAUAUUCCCAUUGGACCUGGGUGCAAAAGGAUCAUGUCAUAUUGGAGGUAAUGUUGCUACAAAUGCUGGAGGCUUGAGGUUGUUACGAUAUGGAAGUUUACACGGAAAUGUUCUUGGUAUCGAAGCAGUCCUACCAGAUGGAACAAUUGUUGAUGACCUCUCCAAAUUACGCAAAAACAAUACCGGUUAUGAUCUGAAACAAUUGUUUAUCGGUGGUGAGGGUACAAUCGGUAUAAUUACCGGAGUAUCGAUUCUCUGUCCUCAACGAUCAAACGCUACAAAUGUUGCGUUCUUCGGUCUUGAAUCCUUCGAAAAAGUACAAGAAGCUUUCAAAGAAGCCAAAGGUCAACUUUCCGAGAUCCUUUCUGCCUUUGAACUCAUGGACAGCCACAGCCAAGAUUUGGUUCAAAGAGUAACCAAAAACAAAAGACCAUUGGAAGGUGAGUAUCCUUUCUACUGUCUUAUCGAAACAAGUGGUUCCAACUCCGAACAUGAUCAAGAGAAAUUGAACAAUUUCCUCGAACAUGUCAUGGAGAAAGAGAUUGUUUCUGAUGGUACCCUGGCCGAGAAUGCAACACAAAUUAAAGAUCUUUGGGGCUGGAGAGAAGGUAUUCCCGAAUGUCUUGGCCACUGGGGUGGUGUCUAUAAAUACGACCUCUCUAUUCCUCUGAAAGAACUCUACCAACUCGUCGAAGACGUGCGAGAAAAAAUCACUGAAGCUGGUCUCAUCGGCGAUACCGAGGAUUACCCAGUCGUAGGUGUAGUAGGUUACGGACAUAUGGGAGAUUCAAAUUUGCAUCUCAAUGUAGCAACCCGAAGCUAUGAUAAGAGAGUUGAGCAGGCAUUAGAACCAUUCGUAUACGAAUGGGUUUCAAAAAGAAAUGGGAGCAUUAGUGCCGAACAUGGACUAGGUUUGGCGAAGAAGAAUUACAUUGGAUAUAGUAGGAGUGAGACAAUGAUUGAACUGAUGAAGGGAAUCAAGAACCUUUAUGAUCCAAAUGGGAUUAUGAAUCCAUAUAAAUAUAUUUGA